AAGAAAAAAUGAUAUGGAUCCGUUGAUGGAUGGGGCUCUCUAGAAAAUACGAGUGGCUUUGUUUUGUAUGACCCAAAAACACAGUCUAAUCGAAGCUUUGAAUUGAAGGCAAAGAAGGAUCACACACUCUCCCUUACUUCUUCAUCUAUUCUUUCCGUUUGAAUGGCGAGUGAGGAUGAUGCAGUAAAGAAGGCAAUGAUAGUAGAUGCUCGGGCAAGAAACAUUAGUCAUAAUGUGAGGUGCACGGAGUGUGGGAGUCAAUCCAUUGAGGAUUCUCAAGCAGAUAUUGCCAUUUUGCUCAGGAAGUUAAUCCGUGAUGAAAUUCAAUCUGGAAAGACUGACAAGGACAUCUACAAAAAGCUUGAGGACGAAUUUGGAGAGACUGUACUCUAUACGCCCAAAUUUGAUAUGCAGACAGCAGCUUUGUGGUUAUUACCGCUCCUAAUUGCAGGUUCAGCUGCAGGAGUAUGGGCUUACAACAGGCAUAAACAAAAGACUAAUGUCCAUAUCAUGGCUUUAAACCUUGUUAGAGGUGUUCCAUUGACCCCAAAAGAGAAGGAAACAAUGCUUGAUACUCUUACACCUCCUCAUUCACAGGGAGCUAGGACACCCUUCUGGUGGAGGAGAUGGCAAGGUCAAUGAUCACGUUGACUAGUAUCUACUAUUAUGGCUUUAGCCUUGUGGGCAACUAAGUUGGCUAAGGCUUCAAUAGACUUCGAAGAUAGUAGUAAGUAAACUUGAAGAUAACCUUCCAUGUGGUACAUGUUUAUGACUAUACUAGUUUCAGUCUUAUGCUAAUGCACAAAUUUUCAAGCCUGGUAUUUUAGUUUUAUUUGUCAACGCCCAAGCUUGGUGCAGAUAUAGUACAUGCUAAGAAUGAUCUGGAGGAUUUCAUUGCUUAAGUUCCAUAACAAUCCAUAAAGUCUUCUGUAUUUGAGUCUUGACAUCCAGGAUUUCUGGCAUUAUGAUGUAUUUCUAGGGUUAAUAUAGGAUAUCUUUUUUAAAGAAUUUCCUCCUCCGCCCACUUGUUAAAAUUCUAUUGGUUGUGGGAUUACAGAAGAUUUACACCAAGAAAGAACCAUUUGAACCAA